AUGAAACCCAAUCUGAAACAAUGGAAACAAGUAAUGCUGUUUGGAAUAUUUGCCUGGGGGCUCCUGUUCCUAUUUAUCUUCAUAUAUUUCACAGAUAGCAACACCACUGAUGCAGUUCCUAGUUCCUUCUCAUAUGUUGAGACUAAAAGACUCUUGCCUAUUCAAGGCAAACAGAGGGUUAUCAUGGGAGCAAUUCAUGACACACCCUUCUCCGAAACAGUCAAUGAGAUGCUUUUUAAGAAAGAUGUCUUAGAUUCAUUUAAGUCAGAGACUGGGAAUAUUAAAAAGUGGACUGGCUUAGAUAACAGUUUUGAAAGUGAAGAAUUUUUUCCUUCUCAGUUAAGAAGAAAAUCCAAAAGCAAUUUUCAUCAGAGGAGCGGUGAUUAUUUUUUUGCUGCUGGUCAGCCUCAGUUAUCAAAUAAUGUUCAGCGAAUAGUGAAAUUAAACUCUGCACAGGGGGAGGUUCAGAAGAGGAAUAUUUUACAGAAUACUUGGUUCCCUCAAAAGAAGAUAAAGAAAAGACACAUAAAUCACAGAAGAAGCGAACUGGUUGAAGAGUCCCAUGAAUGGAAUGAAAUCUAUUCCACAAUGUCAAAAUCGUUCCUGUUCAGGCUUUGGCGGGGGGAUGUCUCCUCCAAGAUGCUGAAUCCUCGCCUUCAGAAAGCAAUGAAAGAUUACUUGAAUGCCAAUAAGCAUGGGGUGAAAUUCAGAGGGAAGCAAAACUCCCAACUGACUUCAGAACAGCUCUUCUGUGAGCUAAAGGCACAUGUAAACAUCAGAACCAUUGAUGGUGAGGAAGCUCCUUUUUCAGUCCUUGGUUGGAAAAAACAUGUCCCUCAAACCUCACUGAAUAAAUUAUAUCCUCGUGGAUUUGGAAGCUGUGCUGUCGUUAUGUCUGCUGGUGCCAUACUGAACUCUUCUCUGGGGCAUGAAAUAGAUUCUCAUGAUGCAGUUCUGAGAUUCAAUUCUGCUCCAACAAAAGGCUAUGAAAAAGAUGUUGGAAAUAAAACUACAAUGCGCAUCAUUAAUUCCCAGGUNGAAAGUGAAGAAUUUUUUCCUUCUCAGUUAAGAAGAAAAUCCAAAAGCAAUUUUCAUCAGAGGAGCGGUGAUUAUUUUUUUGCUGCUGGUCAGCCUCAGUUAUCAAAUAAUGUUCAGCGAAUAGUGAAAUUAAACUCUGCACAGGGGGAGGUUCAGAAGAGGAAUAUUUUACAGAAUACUUGGUUCCCUCAAAAGAAGACAAAGAAAAGACACAUAAAUCACAGAAGAAGCGAACUGGUUGAAGAGUCCCAUGAAUGGAAUGAAAUCUAUUCCACAAUGUCAAAAUCGUUCCUGUUCAGGCUUUGGCGGGGGGAUGUCUCCUCCAAGAUGCUGAAUCCUCGCCUUCAGAAAGCAAUGAAAGAUUACUUGAAUGCCAAUAAGCAUGGGGUGAAAUUCAGAGGGAAGCAAAACUCCCAACUGACUUCAGAACAGCUCUUCUGUGAGCUAAAGGCACAUGUAAACAUCAGAACCAUUGAUGGUGAGGAAGCUCCUUUUUCAGUCCUUGGUUGGAAAAAACACGUCCCUCAAACCUCACUGAAUAAAUUAUAUCCUCGUGGAUUUGGAAGCUGUGCUGUCGUUAUGUCUGCUGGUGCCAUACUGAACUCUUCUCUGGGGCAUGAAAUAGAUUCUCAUGAUGCAGUUCUGAGAUUCAAUUCUGCUCCAACAAAAGGCUAUGAAAAAGAUGUUGGAAAUAAAACUACAAUGCGCAUCAUUAAUUCCCAGAUUCUUACUAAUCCUAAUUAUCAUUUCGUCGAUAACUCCUUGUAUAAAGAUGUUAUUUUAGUGGCUUGGGAUCCUGCUCCUUAUUCUUCAAAUCUGGAUAAGUGCCAACAAGUUUAUGUAUGUACUUCAUUUUUAGGGAUUUUCAUCAUGAUGUCCAUGUGCAGUGAAGUCCACGUCUACGAAUAUAUUCCCUCCAUCCGACAAACUGAUCUUUGCCACUACCAUGAACUCUACCAUGAUGCAGCUUGUACCUUGGGGGCUUAUCACCCUUUGCUUUAUGAGAAACUGCUGGUGCAGAGGAUGAACACAGGAAUCAAGGAGGAUUUGUAUCGAAAAGGGAAAGUGAUUUUACCAGGGUUUAGGUCAGUGAGAUGCCGACGACGAUUCUGGUUCCCAUAA